GUCGCUGUCAGAUGCGUGUACGGUGAAGAAGUGUGCUGUUUUUUCACGUCGAUUGCUUGUUAGAACGUCAGUUCCAAACAAUAGUUUUUUUUGUUUUGCUAUUCAUAGUGCACAACAGCGAAAUUGUUUGCUUUGUUGCGGGCACACUUCGAAUCGUUGCGCAUAAAUGUUUCCCCCUUCCUUCACAUGCGAGUUAAUUUGAUUCUGUGUCAAUGAAUGGUCAAGGCGCCUUCAUCUAUUUAAGAGGCAAGCAAAAGAAAUUAGCCCGAAGGUUUCUGUUCUGAGAAGAUAUUCUUGGCAGCGCAGUGUUCUAACCUUGACUUCAACCGAGUCUCGCUUCUUAUAACCUUGUAUCGGUGUCGCUCCUAGUUUGAAGCAGUGUUGGUCCAUGCUAACGAUCUUACAACAAUCAUCGACGGUUCGCGUGACCAAUUUGUUCGGUGUGUGCGUUGUUGUGUGGGUUGAUGCGAAAAAAAAUCGCGACAUUUUCUCGAUUGAAUGCCAAAAGUGAACACUUUUUAGUGAUAGUCGCGAUAGCCGCCGAUCGAUGAUAAACCGUGAAUGUCAAGCGAUCGAGUUAAUCAGUUCAUCUGCAGCAGUGAAGCCCGGUGUGUGACGGAAAGAGAUAGAAGCAUCAAUUACGGAAGAACCUUGGAAUCGUGUAGUCAGUUGGGGUUGACUGUGGCGUUGUGUGAGUGUUUGUGGGUUUACGUUGAGGUGUACCACCCAUACUCGUACAGUGGUUUACAGCUUGUGUGUGUGCGUUCGACUCGAGCAUUAAGGUUGUUGGUGGUAUUGUUCAGUGCUGUUGCUUUGAGUUUGUAUCGCGUACAACAACACAAGAUAAAGGCAGAUGUACUUGAAAUGCUUACGAAAAUAUUAUGAUACUCUCUGAAAAACUGAGCUCAACCAUGAAUUAUUAUGCUGUAUCGUGCCAGAAACGUCAGCGUCAAUGAUAGGCCCUUCGAAUAAGCGCUGAUGUGUGUAUGCUCGUUUGUGUAUGAUUCCCCCUGUAGCGAUGACCAGUAGUCGUCUACAUAGUUGCUGUUAAUUGUGUAGUAUCAGAGUGGAGCAACUACUGACAGAAGAGUUGGGAGAAGAAGACGAAGAAGCGAUACUAUUGAUAAGAAAUUGCGAUUGGGUUUGGUCCGGUUUUUCUUCCACGGUGAUUGCAAUAUUUGAUUGGUGUUUCGAGUGAUACUUUUCCGAAGGUGAAAUAGCUGUCAUCUCUGUCCCGGGUCUAUGCCAGCCGAGAGCAGCACACUAAAGAGAAAGGAGAGAUGAUUUGGAAAUUGUUUUUGUGAAAGUGCUGGCAAAGAAGAAGGUAGCGAAGCAAGAAAAAAAUAAAAAGUUUAUUCAAAAUAGAAGUGAAAUUUAAUUUACCAAGCAGCUCGACUCGGUAAAAGAUUGAAAGGUUAGCGCACGGGAAAACAGAAAAAAACGUCUGUACAAAUACGUCGGAAAACGAAGAAACAACAAAGAGAAACACUCGCUCUGAAGUUUUUUAGUGGCACAGACCGCGUGUGUUGGGAAGUAGCAAACAACUGAAAUCAAGCUGAUGAUUGAAAGUCACGUCUGCUGAUCUUGGCUUUGGUUUCGGUAAUCCAACGAGGGAAAACAGCUUUCUGUAAAUACUAAACAACGCUAUCAACGAGAACAAGCUACAUUUGAUUGUUCAACACGCGUGCACGUUCCCCAUAGCAGCGACGAUCUACGCGAACAAUCCCUGUCCAGAAGCGACAAUAGUUUGUGGUAACCCUAGUCCUCGUAGGAUUUUCUUCUUGGCGCCGUGGUUCCACCAAAUUAGCCACCGUGGAUACCAUAGCGUUGCCCCUCGGUGGAUUAUCUCAUGUUAGGAUGGCUCUAGCGAGAUUGCCGGUAGUGAGUGACUGUCCGGCAGGACAGACGGCUAGAGUCACCUCCAACCUGCACUCUUCCAGUAGCACAAUGGCAGUUAGUAGAGUGCCGUCACCCCCGCUGCCAGAGGUCAACACACCGGUUGCGGAAAACUGGUGUUACACUCAGGUCAAAGUCGUUAAAUUCAGUUACAUGUGGACUAUCAACAAUUUCAGCUUCUGUCGGGAAGAGAUGGGCGAAGUGCUGAAAUCCUCCACAUUCUCCGCAGGUGCUAACGACAAACUCAAAUGGUGUUUGCGCGUCAAUCCAAAGGGCCUGGACGAGGAGAGUAAAGACUACCUGUCCCUCUACCUGCUGCUCGUAUCCUGCAACAAAUCCGAAGUUCGCGCAAAGUUCAAAUUCUCGAUACUGAACGCGAAACGGGAGGAAACGAAAGCGAUGGAAUCCCAGCGGGCGUACCGAUUCGUCCAGGGCAAGGACUGGGGCUUCAAGAAGUUCAUCCGGCGGGACUUUCUGCUGGACGAAGCGAACGGUUUGCUGCCCGAAGAUAAACUCACCAUAUUCUGCGAGGUCAGUGUAGUCGCGGACAGCGUCAACAUUUCCGGUCAGAGUAAUAUAAUACAAUUCAAAGUGCCAGAAUGUAAACUAUCAGAGGAUCUAGGGAUCCUAUUCGACAAUGAAAAGUUCAGCGACGUAACGCUGGCGGUCGGCGGACGGGAAUUCCAAGCACACAAAGCAAUCCUAGCAGCACGUAGUCCCGUAUUUGCGGCAAUGUUCGAGCACGAAAUGGAGGAACGUAAGCAGAACCGCGUGGCAAUCACCGACGUCGACCACGAAGUAUUAAAGGAGAUGCUCCGGUUUAUCUACACCGGCAAGGCACCCAAUUUGGACAAAAUGGCGGACGAUCUGCUGGCAGCGGCCGACAAGUACGCCCUCGAGAAGCUGAAAGUGAUGUGUGAAGAAGCGCUCUGUGUUAAUCUGUCGGUGGAGACGGCCGCCGAAACGCUGAUCCUCGCCGACCUGCACAGCGCCGAUCAGCUGAAGGCGCAAACGAUAGACUUCAUCAACACCAGCCAUGCGACCGACGUGAUGGACACCGUCGGCUGGAAGAACAUGGUCACGACGCACCCGCAUCUGAUAAACGAAGCAUUUCGCGCCCUAGCGACGCAGCAGAUACCACCCAUCGGACCACCCCGGAAGCGGGUCAAGAUGAGCUGAAAUAAGAUGUUGACAUCCGUGCAGUCCGUGAUGUCAACGUCGCCGUCACCAACAGCUAUCAUCACUACUACUACAACCAAUACCACAACUUCACCGUCGUCGUCAUUAUCAUCAUCAUCGACCUCAUCAGCAUCCUCAUCUUGUUUGUUGUCAUCCUUAUCGACCACAACCGCCAACGCCGCUGUCAGCCAACACAACUCAUCCACGGCUGCACUGUACCAACUGACCCCAUCCUCGCUGACCGGUUCAACAGGAGGAGCGGCAUCAAUCACCCCUCGGAAGCAGCUUGAUCAAGCACUGAAUCCCAAAACCAUCACGACGACUGCUUCCUCAUCGCCGUCGUCAUCGUCGUCCUUGCUGAUCAAUCAUCUCACUAGCAACUCCGGCGAUGGUUUGCUUAAGCAACAGCUCGUUUGCUACGACUCCAAAAUGCCAUCUGCGUUGACCAAGGGUACCGGCGGCAAAAAAGUCAACACGUCCCUCUCUCACGCAUCAUCCAUCGUUAAUGUGAAUGACAUCGCGGCCGGGUUGGCUAGUGCCGUUGCUGCAGCAGUGGCGGACGCCGUAACCGUUGCAACCAUCGGCCGAAAUUUAAACCUAAAUCUAAACAACUAUUCCCAGCUGCGCCAGCAGCUCGAGAUGCAACAAGCAACCGGUUCAGCCAGCAGUCGUAACAGUGCACAGAGCAGCAGUAGCAAUGCAUCGGAACCUCCGUCAUCCGAGUCGGUUGGUAGUCAGUUAAAGCAGUUUCUCAACGGCGGCGGCACAAACAGCGUCAGCAACAAUCAUCAUUCCCAACAGUAUCAACAGCGCCGGGUAGUCAGUUCUGCUGGCAGUGGGGCUGCUUCUGCACAUGGAAUCGACAGCAGCAUUCGAAACUGUUUACCAACAUUGGCGUCUUCGUCGAGGUCGGCGGCAUCCGUUUCGAUCCGAAGCGAUAUUUGUCUCCAGUAGGCUUUGGGUGGGUUGUAAGCAGCAACAAAGAGGAAAAAAAACAAACACACACAUAAACUCUGGAACCACAGAAGAAAACAGAAAAAGCAGUUCUUUGCUUAGAAAAUCUAGUUUCAAGAUAGUCUCUCGUUAGUAGGAUUCUCUUAGUAGUAGUGCAUAUGUAUCGGUAAUAAAACAAACAAAAAACACGUGAGUAAACUGCAAAAGAAGGAAAAAUGAAUAACCGGUCAAGCCGCAGGACAUAUCUGCAGCUGGGACACGAUGUUGGAGUUCAAAUUGUUUUGUUUCGUUUAUUUUUUCGAGCAUGGGAGAAUAGCGUUUGUCACCCACCCCCGUUGGCAGAGGAAAAAAAAGAACAAACAGCCGACGAAAAAGUAGCAGGUUUUCUCCCAAGUUUUCUUCUCAAAUCGAAACACUUUUCUCACUUGAGCAAGUCAGAAAGGGACAAGAUAGACACAAAGAGCCUCUUUCAUUCCCGCAGGGCACACUAUAGGAGCAGGGCACUUAGCUCAAUGAGGGAAGUGAAAACAUUUUAAUUCAAAUAAAUUAAAUUAAUUUAUACAAUGUGAUAUUUUUUGUCUAUAUAUGUUAGCUAAUGUAAUAUAAAUAAUGAAGCAAAAAAAAUGAACGAGAAGAAACAAAUGUGGGAGAACAAAACGCAAACACGAGGACAUCCGACGGAGGAAGCAUCAAAGUGAGUCCAUCCCUUUCCUUUUUCCUAUGCUAUGGCAAAAAAUAUCUACUAUCCUACUGAGCAAAUGCAAAAAAAAACUAUCUGGAAAAAAAAUUAACUGUUUUAGCACAGAUGAAAAUUCGAUUAAGAAAUUGUUCACGUUGGUAUAUUUUCUUGUGAGGUUUUUACUCUUUUCUCUGUUUCUUUACAACACUUUUUGUAAAAAGUUAGUUUUAAAAACAAAAAUUUCGUUUAGUUGCAACAAACAAACAAAAAUCGUAAGAGCACCUCUAAAACCAUAAGAGUUGGGUUCGUCCUUGUCAAGUUCUUCAUUUUACAACUUACGCUAUAGGUUAUUUUUAGUUCCCCUCCAAAAUAGGUGUUCAAUUGCAAGUAAAUCAACGUGGAAAGCAUACAACAAACAAAAAAGCAACUGGGCUAUCGUUGAAUGUAGUUAUUCGUUUUAGUCGCUACUUUUUAAUAAACAAAAACUUGGUAGGUAAAAAAGGCAAACAACAGAUCAACAAACAAACAAUGUUUAAACAAAAAAACAAUUCAGCAGACAAAACCAACAGUAACAGGAGCAGAGGCAAACUGGCAUUACUGAGUUUAUUUAACACUGUGAGCAAAACAUUCAAACCUGAAGUUAAGCAAAAGCAAAACAAUUUGAAAUAAACAAAAAAACUAAGAAUUGAAUUAAAGGCUAAAAACGAUAAACAAAUAAAUUUAGUAGCUUCAUAUGUGAUUAUAACUCUAUGAAUAACUAUUUCAGAAAUACCGUAACAAUAAAAGAGACAGUUGAAAAUCUA